AUGGAUUCUGGACGUCUGGUGUUUGUCCUUUUGCUCUGCUGCUCUGGGACUUGGGCUCAGAUCACACAGAACCCUCAAACAGAGUGCUCUCUGAGUGAGGACCACAGAGCUGAUGUGCUGCUGCUUCUGGAUGGAUUCAACCACAUCAGUUCAGAAGAUUUCUCCAAAGUGAAGGAUUUCCUGGUGGCUCUGGUCCAGAUCCUCGGUGUGGUUGGUCUUGAUUCGGUUCAGAUUGCUCUGGUGAAGUGUGGUGGAAAACCUGAGAUUGAGUUUUACCUGAACACUUAUCACGAUCUGCCCUCUGUGGUCAGUGCAGUGAGGAAGAUCUCACAAAGUCCUGCUUCUCCUGGAGACCUGACCACUGACGCUGUGGAAUCUGUUGUGGAAACAAUUUUCCACACAGACCAAGGAGCUAUAUUCAGUGUCCCUUCUGCUCUGAUUGUGAUCAGUGACAGGAACUCAUCGGGCAUAAACAGAAACACUGUUGAGCGUUUUCGGGGACAAAAUGCAAAACUGUUUAUAGUUGGAGUUAAAGGUGCAGAUUACAGUGAGUUAAAGGACAUUGGCAUGGGUCUUGAUAAAACUGAAGUCUACACUGUAAAAGACUUUAGUGGUUUUCCAAACACUUUGAGAGACUUAACUCAGUCUUUUUGUCGUUGGAUCAAACAGAAGUUGGACCUGCCAAAGCCUGAAUCUCUGAGUUUCUUCGACGUUCAGCCGAGGAGAGCUCGUGUCUCAUGGACUUUUAGCGACAGUGAGUUGUGGAUGUUUCUUCUAGAAACAAAACCUCACACAAAGGUGGUAGCUGUCCCAGGAUACUUGAGGACUGCAGAGCUCCUCCACCUGAAGCCAAACACUUCUUAUCAAAUCUUUAUCACUGCAAUGCUGUCUGGAGUGAGUAUGUCUGUGACCAGACAUCUAACUACACAACCAGACUCGGUGCGGUUGAGCGGUGGUCCAGGCCGGUGCUCUGGUUCUCUGGAGGUGCACACAGACCAGUUGUGGAGCUCAGUGUGUGCAGAGGGCUUUGGUCAGACUGAGGCUGAAAUAAUCUGCAGGGAACUGGAUUGUGGAGGAGUGUCUGACCUCCAGGGGGCGCUGAUUACAGAGGGAUCUGUUGUGGGGAGGUCCUUUCACUGCAGUGGAGCAGAGGCAGCACUGAAGGACUGUGAGAGCUCUGAGACGCUCUGCUCAGCUGCUGCCAACAUCACCUGCACAGAUGAUGAUACGUUGUGGCUCGAUGAACUUCACUGUCGUGGUGUCCUGCAUCUGAGGCACCAGGACGAAUGGAGACCAGUGACGACUUCAGGCCUUUCUGGUGGCUGGACCCUGAGUGUGUGA